AUGAAUUCGGAUUUAAGUUCAAUGGAAAUGUAUGAAUCUUCAUCAUCAAGCCAAGAUGAAAUACUAGAAAAGAGCCGUCAAAUUGAAGAAUUUCUUGUUCAAAUGAGGAAAACAAAAGAUGAUUCAAAAACGUUUCAUUUCUUUGAAAUGCUUUUCGUUCUUUUCAAAUCAGAAGUCAAAUUAAACAUUAGCUUAAGAAAGCAAAUACUCCAAAAUAAAUAUGAAUUUGAUCAAAAACUUCACUCAGUUGAAUCUCAAUACAAUCCAAAACCAUUUUUUGAAGAAAUUAGUAAUCUUUCUUAUCGAAAUGUUGAAUCAUAUCGUGCCGUUAUAGAUUUAUUCUCAGAAAUAUCAUCAAAAUACAUUAAAUCAAAAAAUAAACUUCAGAAAAAGUUAGACAUAACGGUGGAAGAUAAUGCAAAGAUAAUAGAAUACACAGAUAAUAUUAAAAUUCAAUGUCAAUCCCUGGAUGAGCAGCUGAAGCAUUCUAAAGAAGAAAAUACUGAUUUGAGCAAUAAAUUGAAUGAAGCUCACGAAUACAUUGAAGAACUUAAAGAUACUAUUAAAGAUUUGAGCAAUCAAGUCAAAGAAAAAGACUCUCAAAUUGAAAAAUUAAAGAAAGAAUCAGAAAACAGCAUAAAAGGAUAUCAGCAGAGGAUUGAAUUAUUAUCUAGAUCACUUAACGACUCUAGAUGUCAAAUUGAAAAAGCUGUUGAGCAAUAUCAAGAGAAAGAAAUUCAAUUAGCAAUGGAAACAAGCCAAAUUGAUGAUCUAACAAACAAAAUUAAAAGUAUGAACACAGAAAUGGAUCAGAAUAAGGAAUAUAUAGAAAAGCUACAGAACAAAGUCAUCAAACAAAAGAAAAGGAUUGAAAGAUUGAAGAACCAACUAAUCACGAUGGAUGAGAAUAAUAAUCAAAUAGCAAGUGAGCUUGAAUCCAAAUAUUCGGCGAAAUAUGAGAUAUUGAAACAAGAAUUUGAUACGAAAGUUAAUAAUAAGCUCAAAAACAUAGAAUCUAUAGCUGAGAAGAAAGACCAAAAGAUAGGAAAUAUCCAAGAAAAGCUCGAUGACGUAACAUGUCAGCUUCAAUCUGCGAUCAGAAAGAUUCAAGAGCAAGAGACGUCAGUGAGGCGAUAUCGAGCUGAAAAUGAGAGGCUUAGACAAAAAAUGAGAUCACAAAACUAUGUCUUCGAUGAUUAA